GUAGGGGCGGGAAUGUGGGCCGCUUGCUACAGGAAGAUUCGCGAUUGCUUGGCUUCCACUUCCGUCACUCUGAAACGGUGCCUGAAGUUGCGGGCGACCAUGGCAAAGAGCAAGUUCGAGUACGUGCGGGAAUUCGAGACUGAGGACACCUGCCUGCCCCACUGCUGGGUGGUGGUGCGGCUAGAUGGCAGGAAUUUCCACCGGUUUUCUGAGAAGCACAACUUUGCAAAACCUAAUGACAGCCGUGCUCUCCACCUAAUGACGAAAUGUGCCCAGACAGUAAUGGAAGAACUAGAGGAUAUUGUGAUUGCAUAUGGACAGAGUGAUGAGUACAGCUUUGUGUUCAAGCGGAAAAGCAAUUGGUUUAAAAGAAGAGCCAGUAAGUUCAUGACUCAUGUGGCCUCCCAGUUCGCCUCCAGCUUCGUGUUUUAUUGGCGGGAUUACUUUGAGGAUCAGCCCCUUUGGUAUCCCCCAGGCUUUGAUGGAAGAGUUGUGGUGUAUCCUAACAACCAGACCUUAAAGGACUACCUCAGCUGGCGGCAAGCAGAUUGUCAUAUCAAUAAUCUUUAUAACACAGUUUUCUGGGCACUCAUACAGCACUCUGGACUAACACCAGUACAAGCCCAAGAGAGAUUACAGGGAACUCUUGCAGCAGACAAGAACGAGAUUUUGUUUUCUGAAUUCAACGUCAACUACAAUAAUGAGCCAUUGAUGUAUAGGAAAGGGACUGUGUUGAUAUGGCAAAAGGUGGAUGAAGUCACAACCAAAGAAGUUAAGCUGCCAGCAGAAAUGGAAGGGAAAAAGAUGUCAGUGACCCGAUCCAGGACUAAGCCAGUGCCCUUGCACUGUGAUAUCAUCGGGGAUGCUUUCUGGAAGGAACACCCAGAGAUCCUAGAUGAAGACAGCUGACCCUUUACUUUUCUGUCCUGCUGUGCUUAACCACAGAAGGCCCCCCCCCCCCAAGUAUUCUGGUCUUAGGUGGCCCAAGCAUCCCUACUACCCAGAACAGUGUCCCGGGAGUGACAUGACUGGCUGGGAGGGGAACAGGGAAGGAAGGCAUGGAUGAGGUGAUGUAUCGUGUUCUGCUUUAAGUGGCUAUGUAUCGUGUUCUGCUUUAAGUGGCUCACCCUUUUUGCAGUGUUGGAACAUGCUUCCUUUGGUAGAAGUGCAUUUUUUUAAAAAUUGUGGUACUAUUUUUAUAAAGUGAGAAUUAUUUUAUGCCUUGCAGAAUGAAUCAUUUUUAGAUUGUGGUAUAAGUCUUACAAAAACCUGCCAAACUCUUUUCACCUAUGAUGGAAGAUGAGCCCAGGGUUUAUUCUUGUGCACCUGUUCCUAACUAGAGAAUCCAGUGACCUUAAAUCUCACCUUCCCACCCCCCACCUGCUUGCAUUCAUCUUUGGCAGACCUGGAGAUAAAUAUAGCUUGAUGCCUGCAGGAUGUCUCUGAAUUCAAGAAUUCCAGGAAAAACUCAGGGCUUUGUGUUAAUCUCCAAUUUGGCAACGUUGGCUGAACAAAUGAGUAGUUUGGAUGUUCUUCUUAAACAUUCCAUAGAUUGAUUUUGUAGAGUUAAUUAGCGUGAUCAUCAUGGUCUUGCCAGGGGCAUUGCUUGCAAGGCCAAUGAUCUUUUUCUAAGAAGAAUUAUGUGUAUGAGAGAAAGAAAAUGUGUGACAAUGAGUGAACGAGGAGGGAGAAACAUUCACUCUGUGUCCUUUAGAUACUUAAAAGUCACCUUGUCACCUCUUGGACUUCCUGAAAAAGAUUCUCAGGUAGCCUCUGUAUAAUCAGAACAAUGACAUUUGAAUUGGAGAGCAGAGGGGUCAACACUCCCCUUGGGGUUACAGGUGGCAGGUGUCAAAGGAGUCCUAAUAGCUCCACCUGCUGAUGACCAGUAGAGAUGGGUUGGUUGAAGUGCCCAGAGAGCCGCAGCAGUAAUUUCAUGUUGCCAAGCUCUUGGCCUCUGAAAAGGGGGAGGUAGUGGAGACAGGUGGUGAGAGAACUCACAUUGCCUCUUGUCCUCAUUUCAUGUUUUAGAAGAAAGAAGUUAUUUGGCUCUAUUAAGAAUUAAGAGACAGCCCAUGUCCCAGUGCCUGGUCUUGCAUUGCAGAACUUACAGCCAAGAAGAUGUAUUUUUGAAAGAGUGACGGCUGGUCGCAUCCCUUACCAAUUGAUACCCCAUCUGUCGAUGCCAUAUUUUCCCUUCCUGUCUUCCACAGGAAUAGGAGAUGUUUUGUAAUUGAUAAAAUCUCUUUGAGAGGAAAAAUAAAGGUUUCAACUCCC